AUGGAUGCGAGCAGCUCGACGUCAAAGGCUCAUGAAGCCCUGCCGGGACGAUUUCCCAGCAUAUCUACAUCUCCAUCCGAGGCUCUGAGUGCUUCUUCUCCUUCGAGCAAUGGUGUUAAUCAGGAGCCUCACAUGCGCUGGCCGCCUCCAACAUUCCUCGCCGGGCAGGGCUUCAACAUGCCGUCCCAGCAACGGGCUUCUAACCCCUUGUUCGCUUUCGCCCGCCUUCAGGAGAAAUACAAACAACAUUUCGAAACUCGCUACGGCUCCCAAACCAAUCCAUUCAGCUCAGGUUUCUCUUCGCCAUUUCCAUCAUCAAAGCUCCCGGAGGUCAACAACCAACACUCCUCCUUUUCCGCCCGGCUUGAUCAAGAACAGCGCACAACUGCAAGCCUCUACGUCCUCCGCCACGUCCAACAAACCCUUCAGCAGCGCUACCAAGAGGCACAGACGCAACUCGCCCGCACGGAGAAACUCAUAGAGCAGACGGCGUGGGAUCUCUUCUUCCAAAGCCCGCUGGACUUUAUGUGCCACGAGAUGGACAUCGUCACCGGCGCUGCCACGAUCAAUGCUCUUACGGCGGGACGAAGCAUCCUUCCACAGGCUCAAUCUUUUCCCGACAGUGAGGCUUGGAUGAAGAAGCUGGAUGACUUGAGGGACUUGCAGGAUGAGGAAUGUGCUGUGACGAAAAGGAUGGAGAGGACUAUGAGGCAGAUGAAGCGUACGGAUGAGAUGAUGGUUGUGGGCAAUUUGAAGCAACAGGAGUUCUCUUUGCAUAAAAGCAGCCCCUUUCCUUUUGGCGGCCAAUAUGGCAUGACGUUUCCGCUUUCUGGUCGUUUCCCCAGAGUUCAGACAGUGGCUUGUUCACCAGACGUGAUGGGCAUCAGCACGGCUGGACCCUCGAAAAGCACGGCAUCUGCUGCGGCAAGCAUGUUUUCGAAUUGGCCACAGCCUACUCCUGCUCCUGAUGAAAGUCAAGAUGAAGCUGGCAGCAACAAUGCCGCCGAUAGCAGCAGCACGGGUAGUAGCAGCCACUUUGAGGCACGUUGCGGUCCUGAUUGCCCCGGACGCCAUGGUCAGUGA